AUGCGGCUGCGCAACUCCUUCACAGUGAACGAGGACGUCCACCGGUACAACAUCCUGCAUGAGGCGGUGAACCGCGAGCAGUCCGCCGUGGCCGACGUGCAGGCCUUCAACCAGGCCUACAAGGAAAUCAAGGAGUCCCGCCGCCGCGAGGUCGCCGAGCUGGACGAGGAGAUCGCGCACCUCACGGAGGAGCUUUCUCAGCUCCAGACCGCGGCCGACACCGAGUUCGAGGCCUUCCACGACAUCAGCCGCGACCAGCAGGCGCUUUUGCGGGGGAACUUCGCCCAGCAGCUCGCGGCCUCGCAGGAGGCCGCGGGGGCCCUCGCGCAGGCCCUCCGCGCGGUCGAAACGCAGCACGCGGACGAGAUGGGGCAGCUGCGCUCCGUCAAGGCGAAGUCGGAGGCCGCCGUGGGCGGGGCCAUCACGGAGUACGACGCCGGGAUGCAGGGCGCGUGGGCGAAUAUCCGGCGCCUGGAGAAGGAGUCCGAGGAGGAUACCGCCCGAAUCGUCGCGAUCGACGAGCAGCUCCAGUGGCUGAAGGUCGAGAAGGACGAGCACGACUGGGAGGUCCACGUCGCGGCGCAGCGGCAGGAGCAUGAGGCGACCAUCCAGCAGCGGCAGACCCAGCAGGCGCGGGUGAUCCAGGCCUACUACCGCGCCUUCGCCGCGAGACAGCAGUUCGAGAAGGAAAUCGAGGGAAAGAAUAAGAAGGACAGAAAAAAGAAAAAAAAGAGCAACGAAUCAAAAAAAUGA